AGCCGCUGAUUAAAGGCCGCCUGGAGCAGCCCGUGCGGAGACAGGUGCCAGCAGCCAGCAGCUCAGGACGCCAGCCAGCUCCUGCUCUAGCUUCAGGCCCUGUCCCUGUGAGAAGACCACCAUGUCUGAGCUGCCCCCGGCCGCGACCUUUGUCUUUCUGGACCUGGAAGCCACUGGGCUCCCCAGCAUGGACCCAGAGAUUGCAGAGAUCUCCCUUUUUGCUGUGCACCGCUCCUCCCUGGAAAAUCCAGAACGUGGCGAGUCUGGAGCCCCUGUGCUCCCCCGCAUCCUGGAUAAGCUCACACUGUGCAUGAGCCCGCAACGGCCCUUCACUGCCAAGGCCAGCGAGAUUACCGGCCUGAGCAGUGAGGGCCUGGCACAGUGCCGGAAGGCCGGCUUUGACAGCGCCGUGGUGCGGAGCCUGCAGGCCUUCCUGAGCCGCCAGGAGGGCCCCAUCUGCCUCGUGGCCCACAACGGCUUUGAUUACGACUUCCCCCUGCUGUGCACGGAGCUACAGCGCCUGGGUGCCCACCUGCCCCAGGACACUGUCUGCCUGGACACGCUGCCGGCACUGCGGGGCCUGGACCGCGCCCACAGCCAUGGCACCCGGGCUCAGGGCCGCAAGGGCUACAGCCUGGGCAGCCUGUUCCACCGCUACUUCGGGGCUGAGCCGAGUGCAGCGCAUUCUGCCGAGGGUGACGUACACACGCUGCUGCUCAUCUUCCUGCACCGUGCCACUGAGCUGCUUGCCUGGGCUGACGAGCAGGCCCGCAGCUGGCUGCACAUUGAACCCAUGUACCUGCCGCCCGAUGGCCCACACAGCGAGGCCUGACCACUCGCUCCUUCGCUGGCUUCCUCACCUGGCCCAGCUCAAGCCUGCAGCUGGCCCAGACUGGGACCUUGCUGCACCUCUGCCUGGCCCUGCCCAGUGGAGAGCCCUGGACCCAUGCACCUGCCAGGCUGCUGGCCUGCCUUACCUCUGGACAGCUUGUGAACCCAGCAAUCUGCUCUUCCCGACCCCUUCCUUUCCUGUUUAUCAAUAAACAUCAAUUUCUCACCAGCUAA